AUGAUUGGAUCCCCAAGGGGGCAGCAGAAGAGACGAACCCCAACACAGCUCGAUCCACGUCUUUUCGCGCUUGCAAGGCCUGGGGGACCGCUAUUUAGUCAAAGUCAGUUACUUGGUUUCAAUUCCGGUGAUCGGUACUCUCAUAUUCCAAAGGCGCACGCUUCACCAGCAGUAACCGCGUUCCUGGUCUUCAAAGUCAAGAAACAACGGUCGCUUCGCCCCAAACUUCGCCCGAGGUUGAACCACCACCAACGUCGCAUGCUAGCAGUCGCCGGAGUAGUAGCGAACGGUCACUCCGCCAGCCUUCACAACGGCCUCGAAGUGGACAGUACUUCUGUAUACAGCAAGCUGAAGACACCCCCAUCGCACAGGGGCGGAACAUCUGUCCAGGCUGUAUUUAGGGUUCAAGUCAACCGAGGAACUGACGAGGACACCGACCAAACGCGAGGUGUCUUGGCCGACUCUCCCCUAUCCGAAGGUCGCGGCAUCGGAACGGCAUCGAUGGAACCACUAAGACGGGGGGACAACGCUGAGCGAUGGCCUCCAACGAGUGUGUCAGGGUACCGCAACCUCAAGACUCUCCCAUUGCGUAGGGGCGAGACAUCCGACCAGACCGUCUUUAGGCCUCAACUCAAUCGAGCCGAUGAGGACACCCAUGUGCAAAGCGAACAAGCGCAAGGUUUUUGGGCCAACCCCCUCAUAUCCGAAGGGUAUGGAAUGGGAACGGCACUAUUGGAGCGGGUCCUCGAAGAUGGGACAAGCCAAGUACGUCAGACACCUGAGCGUCUAGAAGCAUUGCCCGGCGUCGAAUAUGCAGCCUCUGAGGCUUUAUUGAACCCGGAGCCCUUACCAGGGCAUUUAUCGAGUGACAGAAGCCCCCAAGGACCCUCUUUGGGUACACCUUCAGGAUGGGGUGCUUCCAUUAGUUCAUUUCUAAGCGAAAAGGACCCAUCCGAACGGGGUACCACCAAACUUAAUGAAGAAAUCGAAGAAUUGUCAAAUAAGUACGAUGCCUUAUCUGAAAAAGUAGACAUAGUCGUGGAAGGGAACCAAGAGGUAUUGGAAGAAGUGCAAUCUUUACGUGAAACCAUCUCGACCAUGAUAUCCAACGCCGGACAGAGCACUACGGCGUCUAAGCUCGCUUCCCCAGAUAUGAAGAAGCCUGGUAUGACAAAGCGUAGAGCGGUGGAAACCCUUGUUCUCGCGAAGAGUGUUCGAGGUUAUUUAGCUAUUCUCCUUCGGAUGGGAGAGGAAGGCAGGUCGGAGGCUCUGACGACCGUCGGCUCCGACGACAUCCAGAGAUUCGCCGAAUUAUGCGGCGGCAAUGACGUCGAUGGCGGUGAUUGCUGCACCGUGGAGGAUUUCAGGAUCGACUUGAUUGGCCCGCCAAGGAGCCUGUGGAACACAUCUGCGGCCAAUGUAUUCGUCCACGCAUUCGAGGCGUUCACCGGCGUGGAACUGGACCGGCAGAUGGUGCGGACUGCAUUCUUCACGCGGUUGAAAACCCUCAAACAGGAGUACAAACUUUCCAAGAAAUCAAAGAGGGAACAACAGAACAGUAUUAUUCAAAAGCGCAGGAAAAUGAGAAAGAGGACGCUCUUCAUCCAGCGUCACGACACUGUGCUGCAUGAUCAUCGCCUCCACAAGCACAUAUCCUUACUAGACCGUCUAGGCGUUGAUGGGAUGUCCAGCGAUGAAUCCGACGGAGAGGAGUGCAUGGGCUCAGAAGUGCAUACAGCUGCGCCGAGAUUUCGGGUGCGAAGGCCUGUUUGGAGGGCUCAGGUUGUCGGACGUUGGCUUCAAGCCUUCGAUUCUUUCUACCUGAGGCAACGACAAGCGUCACAGGACAAACGAGGCUGCUACCCACGUGUACGCGUUCGGGACAACACCGAGCCAAGCACCUCGAAAGAUUUUGUGGCGGGUUUGCCGCUCAAUGCCUACGACCAGGUAUGGAUGGUUAGACAGUCCGACGUUUGUGCUUCCCAAGAGCAUGGGGACUUCUCUCCUAUUGAAUUUACUGAGUAA